GUCACCGUCUCCCAAUGACCAUGCUUUACCCGCUUUAAAAUCUUUCCCGCUGAACCGUUAAAAACAGUCGUUAUCCGUUCUUACGUUUCAGUUAUUGCUGGAUAAUAUACGAUAUUGUAAACUUCCAACUAAACCAAUUGCAACGGAUUAAAGCUAAACCCCUGCAAAAGUACCGCUGCCAGUUUCACCAGAUAGCUUCGGUUCCCAUAAUUGAGAUUAUACUCUUGGCAGAUGGUCUCAAAAGUGAAAUUUUCUUUACAGAACAUAUGAAAUUUUUAGUUUAGAAAACUUCGAUUUGGAGGUAACAUCUCUGUUAGGAACAAAAUGUGAGUUACUUAACUCAAAAAUAUGUCACUUAACGAAUAAAAUUUCGAACUGAAGAAACAGCUAGUCUUUGUCUCAGACUUGUAACUGAUGAUUGUGCCACUAUGCGAACCAGAGGCUACGGUCGUUCGUUUCACACUUUUAUUUUCAGGGCAGUAAACCAUGAUUCGUUCGUCCAUCAAAUUCAGAUUGCCUCCAUCCUUGCUAUCGCUGGCGUUAGCUUGGCUGCUCCCACCAACUCCACAUCCUCUGCCGCUGCUUCUUCAAGCCCCACCGCAUCUUCUUCUUCUUCCUCUGCAUCCUCUACUGGUUCUGUCACUUCCUCAUCCUCCAGUGCCUCUGCCUCAAGCACCAGCAGCGGUAACACUACUUCAUCAGGUGGCGAUGUUACCGUUACCGUCAAGAAUAGCUGCAGCAACAACCUCAAAAUUUACAAGCUUACCAACGGUGGCGGUGCUCAAGAAUCCCAGGAUGUCUCUGCCGGUUCAUCCCAUGAUUUCCAAGUCGAUUCCGACUGGGCUGGUCGUUUCUGGGGCUGUGAAGGCGGUGAUUGCAGCUCCUAUGGCUCUGCUGUCUCGCUUGCCGAGUUUUUGUUCAAGGGUUACGAAGGCAGCGAUUUCUAUGACAUUUCCUUUGUCGAUGGUUUCAACCUCCCCAUGAGCAUCGAGCCCGAAGGCAAGUCCGGCGAUGGUUACGACUGUGGAUCGCCUACUUGUUCAAGCCUCCCAUCGUGUCCCGACAAAUUGAAGGGCGACAACGGUGCCUGCAAGAGUGCUUGUGCUGCCUUUGGCACGGAUGAAUAUUGCUGCACUGGUGAAUACAACUCUCCCGACAAGUGCAAGGCUAGUGAAUACGCCGACGGGUUCAAGUCUGGCUGCCCUGAUGCCUACAGCUACGCCUAUGAUGAUGCCAAGAGCACUUUUGGAUGCAAGGCCAAUAAGUACACUGUCACCUUCUGUCCUUAAAUGGUUAUUUGACGACAACAUAUCAUCUAUAUCAUUUUUAUCGCCUUUAUAUAUCAUACAUACCUUGCUGAAAAGCAACAAACAUUC